GUAAUAACCCAAAGAAAACAUUCUCUGUGCUGAGGAGCAGAGGCACAAAAUAAAAUUAUAUAACUAGACUGUGACCUCUCAAUCCCAAUAAUGGAGAUAACCCUUCACUAGAAUGUAAAUGAUUGAAGGCAGGGCUCCGUGUUCCUUAUCCUCUUAUCCCUAGGGUCUGAGAUAUAUAGUAGGUGCGGUGUUCAAUUAACAUUUAUACACCCGCGCUUGUGAUUAAAAACUUUAGCCUGAAGACAUUUAAUAAUUUCUAUGAUCCAUCAUUAUUACAAUCAGAAUAUUAAACUAAUUGUAAUAGUCACUUUGAGGACUAGUGUGUAUUGUUUAGUUGUAUAUAUUUGUAAACUUUAAACUUAUUUUUACAUAUAUUGUUAAAUUUGGGGUUGGUGCAACCACUUUAAAUAAGAAUGCCCUGGGUGCCUGGAUGGCCUAGUCAGUUAAGCAUCUUGAUUUUGGCUCAGGUCAAGAUCUCAUGAUUCAUGGGUUCCAGCCCCGAAUUGGGCUCUGUGCUAACAGGGUGGAGCCUGCUUGGAAUUCUCUCUCUCUUCCCCUUCCUCACUCGUGCACUCUCUCUCUCUCUCUCUGUCUGUCUCUCUCUCUCUCUCUCUCUCUCUCUCUCUGUCACACACACACACACACACACACACACACGAAUGCCCUUAAGAUAUUAGGGAUUUUAUAAAUGACAGAAUGACAGCGGCAUGGCUGAAGUCCCUCCAUAAUUGUCUGGUUGAAUACUUCUAGAAACGGGGAUCUCACUACUUUCACAAGUAUUCUAUUGUAGAUAUAUUCAUUAUUCAAAGGCUAGGAUGACAAAAGUAAGCAUGACACGGCGUCUGCCUACAUAUUCUAGUUGGUGAGCUAAAAAGGAGUCAUAAUUUUGUUGCUAUUGUAUAGGCAGGUGAGAAAGGUAAUAGGUCUUAGCAAAGUGAGCCCCAGCUUAGCACAGCAACAGCAAAGGAAACUUCACUCAGGAGGGGUCUUGUGGUUUGGAUUUGAAGAAGUUCACCCCUAGGGCCAUACGUAAACAGACUAAAAAGAAGUUCCCUGAAGGUCAGCCUGCCUAGUUAUUGAUUCUUUCCUGCUCUCUCUUUUGACCUGUAACACUCCACGUCCUCUCUCCUCUGUGCCCACCAUUUUAUUCAAGAAGUCUCCAUGUCUGUUUCUUCUCUUCUCGAGGCCGGGGCAGUUGACUGUGAACGGUUCAUUAAAAAGACCCAGGGAGCCGAAUGAGUCACAGUCCACUCCGAGCAGCCACUUCCUCCUCUAGAAGGAGAAUAAUAAUUUUCACCUGCCACCCUGUGAGAAUCCCUUUAUGACUUCAGAGUUAUCUGAGGUACAGGGAAGGAAAGUGUGAGACCUAACACAGGGAACAUAGAAUUUUCUGAUUCAGAGCAAGUUAACCAAGAAUCACGAGACACACAACUGAUUAGAAAAUACAACUUUCAGUGUAGAGCUGGGGGCUAGAGAUUUGAAAGCCACUUUAGCAUGACCUCUGCAGUACAGAUGGAGAAAUACAGAGAGCUAUUAGAAAGUUUAGGAUUUGUCAUUUCGCCAGGGCAAAAAAGAAAUCAAAGGUAGCUACCAAGUUGCUGGGGAGAAGAAAAUUAUUUAUAUUUGGUUGAGUAGCAUGUGAAACUUUCGAUUGGGAGCAGCUGAUGCCGUAAUGACAUGUCCCAUUAAAAAAAAGCAGCUCUGAGGGAUGUCUAGCAUGUGUUCUGAAGUUCAUGUGUUCUGGGAGGGGGUCCCUGGCUGGCUCAGCUGGUGGAGUGUCCAACUCUUGAUCUCAGGGUCGUGAGUUCAAGUCCCACGUUAGGUACAGAGAUUACUUUAAUAAAAUCUUCAAAGAAAAAAUAAGAUCUUAAGAAAAAGAAAGAAAGAAUGGGCAGCAAACAUUGAGGAGCUGUGGGUUACAUAGCCCAAAGUUUAUCCAGGGGGUCAUACCCUGGUGGGAAUGUGGACAGAGCUCAAGGCACAGGAUUCCAAAACAUCUUGGAAUCCUCUAUAAUGAGCAAGUUUGAGCAGCUAACUAGGUUAAGAACAGUGAUGGGAUGGGAAGUGGCUCUGGAUAUAAUUGGGGCUGAUCAGGAGAGAGCAGGAAAAUAGAUUAUUAGUGGGCAAAGGAGUGCGUGCUAGUCCUUACAUUGGGAGCCCUGAAAUAAAAGGAAGAGGCAAUCAUUUCUUAGUGUGGACGUGGAACAUGCAAACAAAGAUGUGAAUCAGAACUCGGCUCCCUUACUGCUGACUCUGGCACAUGAUGUAAAGUCUCUGAGCUGCAGCGUCCCCACCAGUAAAAUGGAGUUAGGAAUGCAACCUGGGGAGGGGUCCGGAACAGGUAAAACCCAUGGCACCCGUCUUGCAUUAUAGGUUAGCUGCCCUGGCAACCAGCUUCUGGUUUUCUAGAAGCAGGAGUGGAGGUUGGCUGGGCGGGGUAUUUGCAGAUUUUAAGUCUUCAGCCUCCAUUAGAAACCUAUGCAUUUCUUGCAUUUCCACCUGCCACGUGGAUAUCUUUGCCCAGCUGUUCCAUGGUCACUUCAAUCUGAAUAUGUCUAAAACUCAUUCGUCAGUUUUAUGCUUUCCUUCUUUAUCCCUGGGGCAACGGUGAAUCACCAGGGGGAAACUAGUUUAUGGUUUCCUCUUCUCACAUGGCUCCCCCACAGACACACACCUCAGAAAUGUCAGUGGCCAUGUUGUGGUGGCUUCUGGACUUCUAGCCCUUCAGAUUUGCCACCUGUUCUGCCCCAGGCCCUUGUCACUUCCUGCUUGGAUUUUUGUGCUAAUAAGCUUAGCCCGGUCUCCUCCCUCCUCCCCUAACUUCUGCUUGCACUUCAAUCCUUUCACAGUAGCAUUUUAACUACAUCACUCCCCAGCUCCAAACCUCAAGUCCCUCCUGUUUUCCUAAAAUCCUUAGAUCUGUAUUCAGAACACUGAGUUCUGUCUCCUAGCUCUCCAACAUUAUAUCCCACUGGUCCCAACAGGAAACCCCGCACCUGUCACCGUUUCUGAUGCAUCUUUUUAGCUGUGUGUGUGUGUGUGUGUGUGUGUGUGUGUGUGUGUGUGUUUUAUCACCCAAUUCCUUCAACCUAAAUGGAAAUUCGUCUCCUCACCCUAAAUCUUGAAAUCCUACCGGUUUUUCAAGGCUCAGCCCAAACACUACCGUCCUCAGGAAGUUUUUCUUGGUCGCGCUUGGAAGGUCCCUCUCCCUUAUCUUUUCUUCUGUAGCUCUUUGCUUUUUCUUCUCACAUGGCACAUCCCUUGUAUUUAUUCUCCAGUGUGCUCCUGUUGAUUGAGAGCUUAUUCAUCUCUGAAUUCACCACCAAGGGGUGCCCAGAGCGGGGGCUCAAGGACUUUUCAUUGUGUGAACCAUCAUACGGAGCCUGAGAAGGGGCGACACAGGAGAAAGAUGUUCUAAACCCAAGGCAAGGCAGUAUGAGGAGGAAGCAGCCAAUGCUUGAUCAGGUCUUUAUAGGCAAAGUGGAAAAGAGACAGUCACCUGGAACCUUCACAAACCACCCUUUACCUCAUUUGUGUUUAAUUACACAAAUAGGUUAAGCUUUGGUAGCUGGAAGGAUCCAUAUAAUUUUUAAUAUUCUUCAUAGUAGAGAGGCGAAAAAGCAGACUUGAAUGUGGAGAGCCAAGCCGGUAGUAACCGGGCUGAAAGAAAAAUGAGGCAUACUUGCUUGGCAAGAUGCCUAUGAACUGCUGGAGCAUCUGGAAAUAUGUGAGAGAGUUCUUGGUUUGGGGCUUAUGACUUCAUCUGCUCUAGAAUCUCUUUUACAGAGCCUUUUGUCUGAUUCCUAGCACGGCUCCCUGAUUCACAAGAUAGCAUCAUGGUGCGUUAAUUAGCAUGGGUAGUCGCUCCAAUGUUUCUGAUCCAGAAGAACGAAAAGACAGCCCUGCCUCUGGUGUAUACGACAUGUUUGAGGACAGGUGGAGAAACAAAUUAUCGUAAAAGGCUUGCCAGCUUCCAUAUUCCGGGAAUGGAAAUGCUUCCAAACAGUCUUAAAUAUACCACCUUCACACUUGAGAGUAUAAACCCAUCCUCAUCAAAUAGUUAGAAAGUGCCCAUUGCUCAUGAAAUGAGUCAGUAGAACAAAACAGGUCAUGAUCAGGUGCUGAGGUUUUGAAUAGUUGGGAAUUACACACUUUGUUGUAAUGUUAGAAUUAUAUACUCAGAUCUCUUCUGGAAUAUGAGAAAGUGGAUGAUCUGUGUUAUGUAGAUUUUGACACAUCGUGUUCAUAAAGCUUACAGACAUAUGUUUCAAACUGGAAAAUACGUUGGUCAGCCACUAUAUGAAAACAUUUGGCCCAUACAUGUGAUUUCUAUCAGGACACUCUUCCAAACUCACUUCCUCUGACAGCUUGUUCAGCCUUUCUCUGCUGCAGCUUUCUCACUGGUAAGUGGAAAUAUUGGAGGAUUAGUAUCUCUACAUUCCACAGGGGAUGAAAAAGAACUUAAUAAUGUGAUAAAGUGAGAUAUAAUAUUUUAAUUACUAGCCUGAUAGUUUUUUAAAAAUCGGCAAAUCUCCCCAUCUCUGUCACCUCUUCCAUAUAAAAGCAGAUCGUGGAAAAUUCACAAGAACAAGUUCAAAUGCAAGCAAAUAUUUAACCAGAGACUCAUAUUCACCUUUACCUAGAGAACUUAUUUUUUUCCCCAAUAGCCACAAAGCUCUGCAGAGCUGAAUCAUCAAACCAGGAGUCCCUGUGGCCAAAGACCAUUUGGAUAAGCUAGUGGUCUGAUUUAAAACAGAUUAAGAUACAGGGUGCUGGGUGGCUCAGUCGGUUAAGCGUCCAACUUUGGCUCAGGUCAUGAUCUCACAGUUAGUGUGUUCGAGCCCUGAGUCGGGCUCUGUGCUGACAGCUCAGAGCCUGGAGCCUGCUUGGGAUUGUGUGUCUCCCUCUCUCUCUGUUCCUCCCCUGAUCGCUCUCUCUCUCUCCCUCUCUCUCUCUCUCUCUCUCAAAAAUAAAUAGAGAUUUUAAAAAGUGUUUAAACAGAUUAAGAUACAUUUGCAUUCCACCUGAAAUCCUUGUCUCUUUGAAUGCUGGGUGCCCUUUUUCAUUUGCAUUAUAAAUAAGAAAAUACCAACACAAUGUGAGAAUGUUUAAAGAGAUGUAGGGGUGGCUGGGUGGUUUAGUUGGUUAAGCUUUUGACUCUUGGUUUCCACUCAGGUAAGGAUCUCAUGGUUUGUGAGAUCGAGCCCCGCAACUGGCUCUGCCCUGACAGUUCAGAGCUUGCUGAGGUUUCUCUCUCUCUCUGCCCCAACCUCCCCCCGCCAAAUAAAUAAACAGACAUUAAAAAAAUUAAAACGACGUAGCUACAAACCCUAAAAAAUAGAAUAAACAUGGUGAUCUGAUACACAAUGAGCAAAUAGCCUGAUAUUAUAUUCAGAACCCAUCCCAAUGUGUAAGGAGUCGAAGUGAAGUAUCUUUUUGAGUAAAGAGGAAGAUGUUCAUAUGUGGGUGGAUGCUGGGGUGGGAGCAAGGAUGCCACCUUUUGCCUCUUCCUCUAUAUCUCACUGUUUUGCUUCCAUGCCAAUUUCACAAAUUCCCUUUUAUCAUGGUCUUAACGAUGACUUUUAGCAUAGAUCCUUAAGAAUUGUUUAAAUAUGGUCGAUUUUGAAGAAUGUUCUCCCUUCCUUCACCUACCUUUACACUUCUGUGAGCUAAGCUUCUGUCCCCCAGACACACACACACACACCUCAGUGUCUGUGUCGUUUUAGUCUGGAUUCUCUUGGAAACAGACCUUGAGAUAAAGAUUUGGGUGCAGGAAUGAGACAGUCAAGCUGCCGUAAUUAUCCAACUGCUCCAGUACAAGUGGGUUCUAGCAGAGUGUCUGGGGACGGACAAAUCACCUAAGUUUUCUGAGUCUUUGUUUCUUCUUCUGCGGAACUGGUUCAGUAAUGCUCCCCUAGCAGAAUUGUUAUAAGAAAUGGAAAUAAUAGUUAUAAAAAUGUCUGGCACAUGGUAAGUGCUCCAACAAAUACACCCGUUCGUUUGUGUCAUAUGAUGCACAUUUUGUAACAGUUAAUUCAAAAGUGACAAUUUAUAUUUAACCAAUCAACUUUUACUCUCAAUAUUUGUGUUUCAAGCUUUUGGUCCUGACGAUGUUUGUUUAUUUUUUAGUCAUUUAAAAAAAAAAAACAACCUUUAGGGGCGCCUGGGUGACUCAGUCAGUUAAGCCUCCAACUUCAGCUCAGGUCAUGAUCUCACAGUUCGUGGGUUCGAGCCCCAUGUCGGGCUCUGGGCUGACCACUCAGAGCCUGGAGCCUGCUUCGGAUUCUGUGUCUCCCUCUCUCUCUGCCCCUCCCACUCACGCUCUGCCUCUCUCUGUCUCUCAAAAAAUGUAUACACAUUAAAAAAUAACCUUUAAUCCUGAGUAUAUUUAGAUGUAAUCUCUUUGCCACUUUUCAAGUUGUUUUUUUUAAAUAGUAACCAAAGCAAAACGCAGUUAGGAAGAUAAACCUGAUAAUCCUACUGCAAAAUGUUUCUGCAUUUCAAAAUCAAAUAGAAAUUAUUAUUUUUAGUCUACCUCCUCUAUAUCUGCAUCGUGUGUGUUGGAAAAAUAAUGAGCAUCAGGGACAUUUAUCUCUGCCUACACUAAAAUAAUAUGUGGCAGAUUUAUUUAGGCUCCUUGAUCUUGAAGGGAUCUACACUGAUGGUUUAAUUACCAAGAUAAUUAGGUAAAACUGCUGUACCUCCUUUUUUUUUUCAAAUGGACAGAGCUGAUCUGUUUUUUUUUUUGUUUGUUUGUUUGUUUUGAAAGAGCUCUCUAAUUGAUAGUGGAUGUAAGAGUAACCCAUGUUUCCAAGGCCAAACAGCUUAAUAAACUGUGGCACAACUGUACUUCUUGGACUUUGUCACCACCUUGCAACAGUGGUAAUUCUAACCAUAGUCGCCUUUCUCCCGACUGGCCUUUAGGAAGCCCGGAGGAUCCCCUGCUUGCAAAACCAAGCCUUCUCUGUGCUGGGUGCCCCCCACCAUUUUUAUUUGUUCUUAUUCUGGCCACCGUGCUGACAUUUCACCUCAAAGAUCCCCAAGGCACCACGGAUGCUCCUAAACUCGCUGUGGCCCGAACCCAACACGGAGCCACCAGGACUGCCAGCCUGUGAUGCGUUCCUCGGCCUGCCUCAAGUCUGGACCGGGUGCAGGUCGUGGGUCACUGCUCAGGGCGCCGUUACCCCUGUGGCCCCAUGAGGUCCAGUAGUCACCCCUUGCCUUGACGACACCACCACAUAGCAAUGCCAUUCAGUGGACUCUGUGAUUGCACAGACGCGGCUCUUACCCCUGGGACUCAGGCGCAAGCAUCUGGGUUCUAGAAUGGAGGACGGAGCAAGACAUACUCUGUAUCGCACUCCCAAGUCUGUUACAACUUCUGUGUUUUCAUAUACAAUGCUUGGUACAUGGUAAAUCUGAGCAAGUAUACCCAACUUGCAAGCUUAUCAAAUUGUGGAAUUUAUUUGAUAGGCACUGGGGAAGCAAGGCAGGAUUUUAUGCCAAAGCGUGAUAUGAGGGGGUUAGAUAUAGAAAGAUUACCACGACUGUGAGUGGGGAAGUCUAAUGGCACAAGAGGACAGGAAGUUAGAGGGGCAGCUGGGAAGGUUUUGCAUUUCCCAUCACAUCCACACUGGCCUCGGGCCGAGAUUUACCCCUUGGUUAUUUUCUCCCUUGACCUGGGUCCUUUCUCAGGAGGCUCUUUGCUUUUUCUCUUACGGUUAGAUAUUGGAAACACAGAAGAUCUUAUUUUUUUAAAGGCGGGAUGACUUGGAUACUUUUCUGCCACAAAAUUUAUGCAUUCCGGGGAAUAUUAUCAUGUUGCAACAUCAUCUGCAUUGUAUUUACAAGGGAUGAGUAAUUUGUGCUAUUCUUAGCCAUUUGAAAAGCAUAUGAAAGAUGAAAAUUAAUUAGGUAAUGCACCAAUGAGUAAUGCUGUACAUGUGACCCGGUUGUCAGACCUUUUCCCUGAGUAAAACAGUAUCAUGAUGUUUUGUUUUAUGUCCUGUACUUUUCGCACACGAAUAUACUCUUGCAUUUCAGCGUACUUCAUGUCCUAUUUUGUCUUAAGUGUAGCUUUGCUCUCCCUACGAUACGGUUAGGAGAUAACUAAAUGUGUUUCAGGAAAAAUAAGCAUUGGUAUAAUUUUCCAGAUUGUGGGUUCAUCGUCACUUAAUUUCCCUGGAUGACAGUUUACUCAUCUUUAUGAUGGAGUUACAGCUGCUUCAGCUUUCAAAUCUACGAUCCUAAAGCAUCAUGAUAGAUUAAAAACCUUUUGUUUUUUAAACCUGAUAACACAGCAUAAGUACCGUGACAGUUUUUACAGGUCAGUGUUACUGAGACAGUUUGACACGAGGAAAUGGAAAUAGCACUUUGCUAUAUAAAAGUCCUAAAGAAUUCUUUAACAAGAAUGGUAUUAUUAUUAUCAGCCCAAGUAAUCUCACUUUAAGUCUCUGGAUAAUUGGUAAUGUUAGCCUGAUGACAGUUAAUCUACUGUUUUUCUGAACCAGCUCAGCAUUUCCCCUGCUUGACCAUGUUACCCGGAAUCUCAUUUUAGUUCCCUCUUCUUCUAACUCUCCUCACAAACUUGGGUGAUUUUAAAGAUAUUCUGGGUAGGUUUUUGUCCCGCUAUGCCGGAGAAUCCCAGGGCUGGGAACACGAGGCCAAGGAGUGUGAGGUGGGCUGGAGGGAGGCUGUAAUUUGGGGAGUCAAGAGUGGGCUGCGGGAAGCAUCGAUGGCCAAGGAAUGAGAACAGUAUCACUCCCUCCUUCCGGUUUUCUCCUCUGAACAUUAGUUAGCCUCUGCCAUUUGCUGGCCACAUUUUUCAGAUAACUGGCUGUCAGCAGACGGAGCAUGUGCAGAAAAGAUAGAGCUCCCCGGGGGAGCCGCUCCAGGGGCGGGGGAUCAACUCCAGGCAUAGGAGGGGCUGGGCAGGUGGUUUUUAACUAAAGGAGUGAGCGAACGAAUGAAUAAAUAAAUUACUCUGAGUACAAUCUUUCCAAAGCCUAGCAAGAUGCUUUCUCCGUGUAGUUUCCAUUGAAAUCUACUGAUAGGAUAAACACAAGCUAACGUGUAGCCCAUCUUUCAAAAUGCUUUCUCCUGACGCCGUGGAAAGGCAGUGUCGGUUACAUCUGACUAGCUGUUAGUCUAGUGGAAGAUGAAAGUCCACCAGGCAGGGCUGGAAAGUAGCGAGUGGCCUUUACUGUGAGCUGCUCAUAUGAUACUCUCUGGAACAGCUGGGCUGAACCCCCAGUGACUUUCCAUGGGAAUGCAGUUAACUUCCUACUUGGAAAUGAGUUGAUUUGAGAGAAAGUGCCUGACCCAUCAAGUUAUUCCUCCGACCGGAAGUAUAAUUUCAGCAAGAUUGCGGAAAAAGAGUUGAGAAUUGGAAAACACAUGUCAGAGGGAAAAAGCAUCAUUUCCUCACGUUACACCUCACGGUGCUGGACGUGGAGGAGAGUGAAUGCCGCGUAUCAAAUUGUGCUGUGUUCACAGAAAAUUAACCCGAGUCAACCCCUGAACAUCAUCCUAGCACUUCCCACCACCGACCCCCCCAAAAUCCAAACUCUCUUAAUAGCCAAGAGCCAGAUUUUGUGACAUAGGAGGUGUUCAAUAAAUGCAAAUCGCUACAGUGCCUCAGCAUUGUGAACUAGGAUGAAAAUUAAAGCGCAGCGGUUCAUGGAUUUUCGGAAACAGUUGAGGUGUCAGAGUUAAUCAGAGUAAUAUUUUAAAGACCUCUAUUAAACCUUUCCCUGUAACUUCAGCAAGCCUUGGCUAUCCCCUUGACGCCAAAUAGAGUGCGGUGAGCAUGUGCAUUCUACCAGGGCUGAAAACACUGAGUUCUGUUCCAAAUGCAUUUCUUUUUUGAUGGUUGGAUGGUUUUGUUGUUGUAGAGACAGGCGGAAUUGCGCCUGUGUGGGGUUGCUGGCUUGAGAUUUAUGGUAUAGUUCUUACCCACUUUUUAUUGACUCAUCUCUGUUCACAAAUAGACCUACUGAAUUCAGGAAUUUGUUUUUAGGCAUUGACCUACUAAAGUAUCAGUUUGCACAUGAUGUGAAAGCCAGCAUCAAAGAUGUGAGCAGGACAAGGUCAAUGACCUCUGGAUGUUUUGAAGCCUUUUAUUGUCAAUUGCCUUCAUGUGGGGGUUUCAGGAGUAUCUUGUGCCCUUUAGACACAGGUUGAGUAAUGCUGCUGACAUAGUCUUCCUCUUUUUUGAGCCAGUGGCUUCUUUUCAAUUUCUUACAUUUCCCGCAUAAGGAAUGCCUGCCUAUCUCCUACUUGGGGAGGUUUGGGUACUCCUUUUCUGAGUGAUUUUUCAAAGCGGAAGACAAGCAGUGAUCAAAGUGUAGUUUAAUGGAUGUUGUGCGUUUUGUUUUUAAGAGCACAGAAAUGCUUCUUUUCUUUAGCCUCUGGCUUCUUUGGCCCUCGGGGUGAAGAGAUUAGAGUGAUAAAAGGCAGAGACCUACUUUCUGAAUAUAGGCAUUCCCCAUUUUACAGAUGAGUCAUUUUUCCAAAAGUGUAUUUGUCAGUAGUUGUUCAGAAUUUUUGAGUUCUUUACCCUGAGAGAAAAUGUUAAAAGUUAUGGUUAGGUUUCCAGGCUAGCCCAGACGACCACAUUCAAUCUAUAUUAUAAAAAAAUUUUGAAGUUCAAGCCCUGCGCUGGGCUCUGUGCUGACAGCUCAGAGCCUGGAGCCUGCUUCCGAUUCUGUGUCUCCCUCUCUCUCUGCCCCUCCCCUGCUCGUGCCCUGCCCCUCUCUGUCUCUUGAAAAAUAAAAACGUUAAAAAAAAUUUUUUUUGGAAAUAUUAGCAUCAGUUGUGAGAGUUUGGGUCAGGAAGCCACAUGGAGAACCUCAGGUGACAAUCUUUGGCUGAGUAUGAAGUGUUUUGUGAUUCCCUUCCCGAACCCUUUAUUUAUCUCCUAGUGCUCAUCUCUCUGGGCUCUAGUGUCCACAUCCUGAGUCACACUCUUUAGGCUCUUCUUUCCAAAAUGUAUUUCUUGCUUCAAAUGUAGUACCUUCUCUCUUUCUCAAACGAAACUAUCAUUUUCUUAGUUCUGCUGAGCUAACAGGAAAGCAAUCUGAUGGAAUUAAUCGUUUUGUGAAAAAGAUUGAUAAUACCAUAACCUUUCCAUGGUGUUUGCAUUAAAAAGCAGAAAGUCGGGGCUCCCGGUGGCUCAGUGGGUUAAGUGUACGAUAUUGAUUUCAGCUCAGGUCGUGAUCUCAUGGUUCAUGAGUGUGAGCCCCACGUCGGGCUCUGCUGGCAAAGAUGUGAGGAUUCUCUCUCUUCCUCUCUCUCUGUCCCCCAGCCCCCCGACUCAUGCUUUCUCUCUCUCUCUCAAAAUAAGUAAAUAUACUUAAAAAAAAAAAAAAGCAAAAGUCUGGUAACUCAAAUCAAAUACAGGUUGUUGUAUUUAUUCCAGUUUGGUAUUCAUUUAUCAUUUUUAGAAGUAUUUUUUAAAACUGAUGCAGGCCAUGGGGAUAAACAAGAAUAAAAUAUGAUAUUUAUCAUCUCAUAGGGAGAUGAGUAUUUAUAUACCACCAAGCAUGGUAUAAAGUGUGACAGUGAUGAGUUUCAAAAGACAAUUUUAUGAAAAUAUCAAAUCUUAUACAUUGGGGGGAGUGGGUAAUCUGACGCAACAAUACGGGAAAACAAUUAUGCAUUAUGUUAUAAAGAUAUAUACACUGCCAACGUAGUAUUUCUGCAUAUCAUCUUAUUAAUUUAAUAUUGAAUGAAUAAGAUAUUGACUAUCUCAAGAAACCAUAGAAAAAUUGUCACACGUACACAGUAUAAAAUGUUUCAAAAUAUCCAUAUUAACAAGAAAUUGGAAACGACACAAAUGCCUAUGCACAGGAGACUAGAUAAGUAAAUUAUGGCAUAGUCACAAAGUGAGAUAUUAUACGGCCACAAAAGCGAAUGAACUACAGUUGUCAACCAACCAUGUGGAAGAAUCUUUAACACAGUUGAUGAAAAGAAAAGUUGCAGAAGGUUGAAUGAUAUAAUACCAUUUUUCUAAGGCUCAAGUUUUCCAUGGAAAACUGAACAGCAUCCUUUAGGAAAACCUAUGUGGGGGGGGGGGGCGGGCAGGAGGAUUGAAUUGUAGAUGCAAUGAUAUUGAUAAUAUUCUUCUUAUUAAGAUAGGUGCUAGGCUCACAGAUGUGCAUUUUAUUAUUAUGCCUCAUAGCUUGCACUAGGUAUGAAAUUAUUGCACAAUAAAACAUUUUAUGUGCAUUUUUAAGUGGCCGCCCCAGUUAUGGGGAAACACCAAAGAGGAGCGGUUAAUUCUGACAGGGAGAGCAGGAAGGUUUCCCAGGAGAGGUGAUGUUCACCUUGGACUUGAAGGGAAAGUAAGGCUUUGGGGGUCAGGCAAAUGUUGAGCGGUGGAAAGUGAUGAGAGAGAGGGAGGAGGAGACACAUACCCAGAGGACUUGAGGCAGAGCCGCAUCGGCGGGCUGCAUGGGAGCUGUAGGUAGAAAAACUGACGCGAGGAGAGGAUGGGGUGAGGAAAGGGAUCUGUCAUAGUAUUUCUAUGCAAGGCAACCAAGUGACCACGGUGCCUAUAACCCUCCUCAAAGACCUAUGAGCUUACCCAUGCCUGGAAGGAAAAAAGAAGCCACACAUAGAUCAGAGGACAGGGAAGGGUAGUGUGGGAAAGGCGAGAAACCCAGGUAAAGAAAACCAGAGGGACCCCCUCAAAGGAACGGGUGAGACGCUGGAGGAGAACUGGAGGUCACAGAACCAGGACAUCCCAGGCAGAAAUGGAUUUUGCCCCAUGGAGGAAGGGAUUCCGUAGCACAGAAAAGGGGUUGUCUUUGGCAAAAAUGGAGUAAAGGAAGCCUUCAGAAGAGGAGGGUAGAUGAAAUCUCAGAAAGAUUCUAGACAAACGUUAAUGUUAAAGAAGUUAUAGGAUCUACACCUAUUCAGUUACCACACCCAGUGUCAGAUAUCCACGGAUACAGGAUUGUAUUUUUAAUAUAUUCAUUACCAGCAUCCGUCUUCACAAUAUAUACACAUUUGCUCUCUUUCUAUUUUUUGUCUGUUAAAAGAAUCUAUGUGUAUACAUAUGCAUCAUAGCUAUCUGGGAUGCCAGCUGAGAAAGUAAGAAAAAAAGGGAAAGAGCCAGAGAAAAAGAGCUGCCCUUUGCUGAGCGCCUACUAUGUGCCGAGCAUUCUGCUCUAAGAGCUGGUGGUGUCUUUGUUCCUGGCCUUUGCCACACCUCUGCAGUGUGUGAUGUUAAGAGAGAGCAAAAUCAAGGCUUACGCGGGCCGAGUGACUCACCCAAACCAAAGUCGAUUCAAAAAAGACAGACUGGGUCUGUGAAAUCAUAGGUUCCCUCCUUCUUUACAACCCCUCCAAAAAAAGAAAAUAAAAAUGAAAACAAAAAAAGAGGCACCUUUAAAUACUUUUUUGCAACUAGAUACCCUGCAAAGUUUAAUCCCAUGCAUGUUGUGCUUAGAUGGCUAGCAAUUUUAAAGAUUUGCCCCGCCCCCCGUCUUGGUGCUUUACUGCCCCACUCUCCAAAAAAAAAAAAAAUGUAUUUAUUUCUUUUGAGAGAGAGAAAGCAUGGGUGGGGGAGGGGCAGAGAGAGAGAGAGAGAGAGAGAGAGAAAAUCCCAAGCAUGCCUGCACUGUCAGUGCCCAGAGCUUCAUGCCAGGUUCGAACUCACAAACCGUGAGAUCAUGACCUGAGCCAAAGUCAGACGCUCAACCCACUGAGCCACUCAGGCACCCUUCUGUUGCCCUAGUCUCGAUGGAGGUUCCAACGCCUUAUCAGUUGCUCCCUUUAAGGUACAGGCUGUCUCCUUAGUCAUGCUGUUCUAACAGACGUCCCUGGAGAAUGUACUUUGAUAAAAUUUUUUGCUGUAACAAGCCUUGUCUCCUGGCUACGUUCCAUAGUCCCUCUUCACACAUUCCCUUGCCUUGACAUGGCUUAGAUCUGUCUUUUCUCACUGACUUCACUAAUAUACAGUUAUUUUCUUGUUAUUGAAAAUCAUAAUCAUGCUUUUAGUUGCUAUUUAUUCCUGGAAACUGCAUGUUAAGAUAAUUAUUUUUAUCCUGCCGACACUCAAGUUACAACUCAUAAAUUUUAUAGUCAUGGCGCAUGGCUAAUAACUCCAUAGCUUCCUGCCUGUAGCUUCUCAGUGAAGAGAGAAGUGAGGUUAUUUCCUAAGAGUGGAGGGAAUGCAGAAGGGACUUGACAUGGAUACAGUUCACAACCGCUUCGGAGGGGAGAGGGGUAAAAGAGCCCAGGAGGCUGAGCAGAGACGGUUGCAAGUCGAACAAGAGGGCCUCCCCAUGUUAGGAAGGGCCAUUUCCUUCCACCCCAGGGCACAUGGCCAGAAUGGGAGUUCUGCCCCAGAGUCUGGCUCCACUGGAAUGUGGGCUACCUACUGAUUAUUGGGAGAUAAAAGUAAGCUCAUCUAUAAACAUUUCCCGCUUCCAGAUUAACCAUACAGUUGAUUUUAAGUGGUGAGCAUGGUGAAGACACUGCACCGGACCGUGUAGGGGAAGUUAUUCUUUUAGAAAGCAGCCCCAGGCCGCCUGGGUGGCUCAGUGGGUUAAGCAUCUGACUCUUGAUUUCGGCUCAGGUCAUGAUCUCACUGUCCAUGGGUUCAAGCCCUCCGUUGGGCUCCACACCAAUAGUGUGGAGUUGGCUUGGGAGCCUCUCUCUCUGCCCCUCCCCUGCUUGUACUCUCUCUCUCUCUCUCUCUCUCUGUCUCUCAAAAUAAAUAAAUAAACUUAAAGAAAGAAAAGAUGUUAGAAAGCAACCUGGAGAUUGAUUAUAGGGUGAUGGAACUUUCUUUAAAAAAAAUUUUUUUUAACGUUUAUUUACUUUUGAGAGAAAGAGAGAGAGAGGGACAGAGCACGAGUCAGAAAGGAUCAGAGAGAGAGGGAGCCACACAAUUGGAAGCGGGCUCCAGGCUCUGAGCUGUCAGCACAGAGCCCGACGUGGGGCCCGAACUCACAGGCAGUGAGAUCAUGACCUGAGCCGAAGUCGGACGCCCAACCUACCGAGCCACCCAAGCGCCCCUAGGGUGAUGUAGCUUCCUGAUGGAGCUUUAUGAAUUCAUGUUUUAUAGCAAAUCGUUACAGGGUGGAAAAGUAAAUUGAACCAUGAGUAAUUCUGUACAACUAUCACAUACAGAGAAAGGGACAUUAAUUGCCACCUCCUACAUGUAUGGAAUAGCCUGACUUUGCUCUGACGUGAAGACCAGAAUCCGUCACGUGGCCACUGGAGUAUGUUCCUGCUUCUUGAUCUGCUCCUGUAUCCUUCUUCAGCCCGCCUUAUAUUAUUCGCCCUCCUGCUGUCUGUUCUAGACACAGUGGUUCUCAACUAUUUCCAUCUCAGGACCUCUGUACAUCCUUUAAAGUAAUUGACAAAUGCAGUGAACUUCUAUUUAUACGUGUUGUAUCUAUAGGCAUGUAUUGCAUUAGAAAUGAAAACUGAGGGGCACCUGGCUGGCUCAGUCGGAAGAGAAUGCCACUCUUGAUGUUAGGGUUGCGAGUUUGAGCCCCAUGUGAGGUGCAGAGAUUACUGAACAUGAAUGAAUGAAUGAAUGGACUUUAAAAAUAAUAAAGUGUGUAAGAAAUGACAACGAAGACAUUUUUAAAUACUUUUAAUUCACUUAAAAAUAACAAUAAAAGUCCAUUCCAUGUUAACAUAAAUAUUUUCAUGACAGUUAACUAUAUUUUCCAAAACAAAAAUAAUUUAGGGUUAAGAGUGCCACGGCAAUCUCUUUAAUGUCUGGCUUAAGAGAAGAGAAUGGAUUCUUACGUUUGUUCCGGUAUGAGAAACUGAGGGUGUGAUAUACAUCAUGUAGCUUCUGGAAACUUCCACUGUUCACUCCUGAGAGAUUGAGAGUGAAAAGACCAAUAAUAUCUUGGUAUGAGUAGGAAAAAGGUUUUGAUCUCAUCAGCCUCCUAGAAAAGUCUUAGGGACCUCCCAGGGAUCCUGGACUAUAAGAACCAUGACUCUAGACUCAUGGGCCUUCGUUUGGUUGGAAAUAAGUCAAUAGGGUGACUGCCAGAUAAUGGAAAAUAAGGUUGAAAAGUUAAGUUGAGACUGAAGCCUAUGCUGUCUUAUAUGGACAUUCCUCACCUGCUGGGAAAGAACUGAGCUUUCCUGCCAAGAGGCAGACCACAAGUAGGGACAUCCCAAAGCCUCCCCACCCCCCACUCCCACCACUGCCAAAUUUCCACAGAUUUGUAUUUCCCAAAGGUCUUUUCAAUCAUCAUUUUGUUUGAUCUGUACCAUAACUAUGAGAAAAUCAUCACAACUGUGAUUUCCACUCAAGGAGAAAGGUGUUUAGUGGCUUUCUCAAAAUCAUCCAGUUCCUUCAAAGACUGUACCGUACUUCGACUCCCUAAGGACUUCCCUAUGCAAGUUGUCUUCCCUCAUUGCAAGGUCAACCCAUGUUCACGGAGGGCCGGUGACAGAAAUCAUGGGCAGAAAGUGAUGCAAAGCAGAUAUUUAAGCUUACUUCUGUUGUAGUGACUCGGGGAUGCACCAUUAUAUUCUCUUUUCUGAUUCUUUAGCAAACAAAAAUGGUUAAUGUAUGCAAGAGGAUCUGUUAGACCCUUUGGUCGGUACUAUUAAAGUGCGCAUGUCUACAACGAGAAGAAAAUUCACCAUUCAUUACCAGGACCAGUGAGAGGAGAUUAAACAAACACUACCCAUGAGCCAAUUACUAAACUUUUAAAAUAUAUUAAGAAUGCUAGGAAGACCUUGCAUGGACUCUUUUCAAAGUGUCUUAGACUUGCAUAGGAAGGGAGGGGGCUAUGUGCUGACGGGCUGGCUCAUCUCUGUUCUUCGCAGGCCUAUCUGUCAUGAUUUCUGCUAUAACUCCGAGAAGACCACAGCCCUUUACGUGACAACUGUCAUCCUAUCAUCUGCUGAGAGGAAGACCAAAUUUCUUGAAUUCAUGCUAGGCUGCUUUUGUUCUAUUACAGAUUACAGUCUUUUUAACACUCUACACUGAGUGUUGACUUACACGCUUGUCUUCCUUCUUUCCUUUGGAGACUGGAUCUAGGCAGAGCGGCCAAGUAGUUCCAAAGUACUGUUCUAACACUGGCUUUUUUGUUUUGAAUUGUAGUAAAUUACAUAUCACCUAAAAUUUACCCUCUUAACCAUUAAAAAAUUUUUUUAAUGUUUAUUUUUGGGAGAUAGUAUGAGCAGGCUGUUGGGGGGGGCAGAGAAAGAGGGAGACCCAGAAUCCGAAGCAGGCUCUAGGCCCUGAGCUCUCAGCACAGAGCCCUAUGUGGUGAGGCUUGAACAUCACGGACCGCGAGAUCAUGACCUGAGCUGAUGUUGGCCGCUUAACCGACCAAACUACCCAGGUGCUCCUGCCAUCUUAACCAUUUUUAAGUGUGCAAUUCAGUAGUAUUACACACAUUCACAUUGGCAUACAAUCAACCUGCAAAACACUCUUCGUCUUCUCAUUGAACAACAACUUGCAACUUCUCCAUCACCCCCCCCCCCCCACCGUGCCUAGCACUUUCUUUCUGUCUCUACGAACUUCACUCCUCUAAGUACCUCGUGUAAGUGGAAUCAUGGAAUCAUGCAAUAUUUGUCUUCUUCUGUCUGGCCUGUUUUAUUUAGCAUGAUGUCCUCAAGAUUCCUCCAGGUUGUGACACUUGUUGGAAUUUCCUUCUUUAAAGGUGAACAGUAUUCCAUCACAUGAGGUAUAUCGCGUCUUGUGUAUCCGUUCGUGCGCCAGUGCACAUCUGGGUUGCUUCCACUCUUUGGCUAUUGCGUACGGUAUUUCUGUGAAUGUGGGUGUACAAAUAACGCUCUGAGUCCUUGCUUUCAAUUCUUUUGAGUUAACAGUAGCUGGUGAUGGAAUGGAUUAGUAGUGUAAGGCCCCAGCGUACCCCAGGAUCACAGAAUUCCUCUAGCAUGACCUUGGCCCAGCCUGGUUUUCCAAAGUGACUGCUCAUGUGGAAAGCCUGUGACACAUGAGCUGUUUUCAAUGAAGACUCAGCAUCGGGGGGCUCCAUCUACUUGAAAAUACGUUUUAUGUGAUUUAAUACCGUAAAAUUUCUUCCCUAAUAAAGCAACCAUCAUGGCUUGUAGGGUUGAAAAACAAUGUGUACUAGAAGUUUUUAUGCCACGUACAAAUUUUUUCUGCGCCUUUAUAAAAGGAAAUAAAUAACUUAUUUCCUUGGUCCUUUCUUUGAAAAAUUCAAAUUCUAUUCUCUGACUCUGACCUGUAGCACAUCUGAAACGGGUUAUAAUUGAUAUUCCUUGAGAAUAUAGAAUUAGAAUGAUUUUAGUCAAGGGCUUAUUGGGAUGUGUAAAUAAUUUUACUGGGUUUUCUGAUGGUGAUUUUGAGUCUGCUGAGUCUUUGCCUUGCAGCCAUCCUCCCCUCCCCAUCCUAGUUCAGGCUUGCUUUCAUUAUUUUUAUGUCCCUAUAUGUUCAUACAGCUCUUUUCAUAGUCUCCUUCUGGAAACAUCUAUUACAUAUUCAAAAGUGGCUUGCAUGUGUUUUCUCUUAUUUGCAACUGCUAAAUGAAAAUGUUAAUGAGAGAUCCCUUUGGCUCUCUCAUGAAUUAUCUACCUUGUUUUUCUACAGCAACUUUCCCCUUAAUCCGCAGUAUCUUGGCAGUGGGCAGUUUUCAGGGAAGGAGAGAACUCUAAUUAUCAUGCUUAGUAUGGGGGUAAGUUGCCGCCAGCUUUUGAAUUAUUCCUAAUUUUUCUUCUAUUUUCUGCCCACCCUUCCUGUCUCGCUGCCUCUCGGAACGUGGAACAUGGAUCUGCCCAUCGUCUGGAAAAAUGUCCUCUCUGCGCAAUGGGACGUCGAUUAUGUGGAACAAUCAACCAUGACGACCGAAUCCGGCUCAGACUCAGAAUCCAAGCCAGAGCAGGAGGCCGAGCCCCAGGAGGCAGCGGGGGCGCAGGGGCAAGCCGGGGCGCAGCAGCAGGGGCCUGAGCCCAGCGGUGAGGACCAGCAGCAGGCUCUGGAACAGUUCGAGGGCGCGGCACACAGCACCCCCGUGAGGAAGGAGGUCACUGACAAGGAACGGGAGUUCGCUGCUGGGGCUGCAAAACAGCUCGAAUAUCAGCAAUUGGAAGAAGAUAAACUUUCUCAGAAAUCAUCUAGCAGUAAACUAUCUCGAUCUCCAUUAAAGAUUGUCAAAAAGCCUAAAAGCAUGCAGUGCAAAGUGAUACUUCUGGAUGGAUCAGAAUAUAUCUGUGACGUGGAGAAACGCUCCAGAGGCCAAGUGCUCUUUGAUAAAGUAUGUGAACAUCUGAACUUGCUAGAAAAGGACUAUUUUGGGCUUACGUAUCGAGAUGCCGAAAACCAGAAGAAUUGGCUGGACCCUGCUAAGGAAAUAAAAAAACAGAUUCGAAGUGGUGCUUGGCACUUUUCAUUUAAUGUGAAAUUUUACCCACCAGACCCCGCCCAGCUCUCUGAAGACAUCACCAGGUACUACCUCUGCCUACAGUUGCGAGAUGACAUCGUGUCCGGAAGGCUGCCCUGCUCCUUUGUCACCCUGGCCCUGUUGGGCUCCUACACUGUCCAGUCAGAACUUGGAGACUAUGACCCAGAUGAAUGCGGGAAUGAUUACAUUAGUGAGUUCCGCUUCGCCCCAAACCACACGAAAGAACUGGAAGACAAAGUGAUCGAGCUGCACAAGAGCCACAGAGGAAUGACGCCAGCAGAAGCAGAGAUGCAUUUCUUGGAAAAUGCCAAAAAGCUGUCCAUGUAUGGGGUCGAUUUACAUCAUGCCAAGGAUUCUGAAGGAGUAGAAAUUAUGCUAGGAGUUUGUGCGAGUGGUCUGUUGAUAUAUCGUGACCGACUGAGAAUAAACAGAUUUGCCUGGCCUAAGGUUCUAAAAAUUUCAUACAAACGGAACAACUUUUACAUUAAGAUACGGCCAGGAGAGUUUGAACAAUUUGAAAGCACCAUCGGGUUUAAGCUGCCAAACCAUCGAGCUGCCAAACGUUUAUGGAAAGUAUGUGUUGAACAUCACACAUUUUUCAGACUGUUGUUACCAGAAGCACCUCCAAAGAAAUUCCUUACCUUGGGCUCCAAGUUUCGUUACAGUGGCAGGACGCAAGCCCAAACGAGAAGAGCCAGCGCGUUGAUAGAUCGUCCUGCCCCUUACUUCGAACGCUCAUCCAGCAAACGCUACACCAUGUCUCGCAGCUUGGAUGGAGCGUCAGUGAAUGAAAACCAUGAAAUAUACAUGAAGGAUUCUGUGUCUGCUGCAGAGGUUGGUACUGGCCAGUACGCCACAACAAAGGGCAUCUCUCAGACCAACUUGAUCACCACUGUGACUCCGGAGAAAAAGGCCGAGGAGGAACGGGACGAGGAAGAGGAGAGACGGAAGAAGGCAGAGGAAGCCACGCCGGUGGCCGCAGUACGGCACGAGGGAAAGUCACCUGGGCUUGGCACUGACUCAUGCCUUCCGUCCCCCCCAUCAGCCCAUCGUCCCCCUGCACCCCCCCCAGAGCUCCGUAGGAGGUGUAAGGAGAAUGACCGCCAACCCCCGGGUGUCGAGCCGGCCCAAGGCGCCGUGCCCGUGCGUGGAGAGCCCGCCCUGGACUCUGACCACAAAGGGAGGCCGUCCUUAGGGGACCAAGAUGUGGCUUUUAGCUACAAACAGCAAACCGGCAAAGGGACCACCCUGUUUUCCUUCUCCUUGCAGCUCCCAGAGUCGUUCCCUUCUCUUCUAGAUGACGAUGGGUACCUCUCUUUCCCCAACCUGUCGGAAACCAACCUCCUCCCCCAGAGCCUGCAGCAUUACCUCCCGAUUCGCUCACCCUCCCUUGUGCCCUGUUUCCUCUUCAUCUUUUUCUUUCUGCUCUCCGCCUCCUUCUCAGUGCCAUAUGCCCUCACUCUCUCCUUCCCUCUGGCUAUGUGCCUCUGCUACCUGGAGCCCAAGGCGGCCUCCUUGAGUGCCUCACUAGACAAUGACCCGAGUGACAGUUCAGAGGAAGAGACCGACAGUGAGCGCACGGACACCGCGGCCGAUGGGGAAACCACCGCCACUGAGUCGGACCAGGAGGAAGAUGCAGAGCUCAAGGCACAGAAUAGUCUGAUUAAGCGAAUAAAGGGUGAAAAUGUGUAUGUCAAACAUAGUAAUCUUAUGUUAGAGGAGCUAGAUAAAACUCAAGAUGACCUGAUGAAACAUCAAACCAAUAUUAGUGAGCUGAAAAGAACCUUUUUAGAAACCUCCACAGACACUGCCAUCACAAACGAAUGGGAGAAGAGGCUCUCCACCUCCCCAGUGAGACUAGCCGCCAGGCAGGAGGACGCGCCCAUGAUCGAACCGCUUGUACCCGAAGAGGGCACAGAGGAUUGGGUUAUUGUAGACAAAGUACCCACUGAGGUAGUUGAUGGUGAUUCGAAAAAGAUUGUGACUUACAAGGUGGUGACCGUGAGCAGUAGAACCGGAGACAUCCCAGCCGAUCUGUUAAGAUCUGGUGCCAUUGAAAUGCAGAGCUUCGAGGACUUGGCCCGGGAAAUGCAAUUGAAAGGAGAAAGCAAACAGAAAAUAUACACUCUAGGAAAAUCCUACGACACCGUAUCCGGCAAGAUCGUAACCAUGACUGGAAAGGCCAAGGAGGGGGAGAAGGCAGUACAGCCCUGCGGUCUGGAAGCCCUUCAGAAAGCGGACAGAGCGUUGUCGGAGUCGGUGAAGAUCAUCCCGGUCGCGGCCGAUUACGAGGUCCUGGACGUCGCCCCCGAUGAGAAAUCCAGGAGAGGACCCGAGGUGCAUACCCCCAAGCGGAAACUGUCCGAAUCGCUGGCUCCCAUCAAGGAAGCCGAUUCCCGGCGGCCGAGCCCCGAAGAGGACGAGCUCCAGAGAGCCCUGGGGCCGGGCCGGGAUGCAGCGCCCCACGUCGGCCCGGAGGGCGCGCGCCCGGGCAGGACGGAGCCAGCGCCGGAGGGCGAGGUCUUGAAAGUGGGGCUCUUUGGUCCCAGGAGGAAGAGCCUGUCCGAGUGGAGAUACUCACAGGAACCGGCCUUCACCGUGGCCACUGCUCAUUACGUUACCGAGUCCUCCUCAUCUCGAGUUGUGACUAAACAGUCUUCUGCCGAAAAGCUCAUGGAUGGCUCUGAAAUCUUCAGUUUAUUAGACUCUGCGAGAAAACCAACGGAAUUCAUAGGAGGGGUUACUUCUACUUCUCAAAGCUGGGUUCAGAAAACGGAAACCAAGACGGGGCCCAGCAAAACAGAGCCGGAAACAAGCCAGCACCCCCAGUCACUUAGCGCCGAGAAGGUUGUGCAGGAAACCGUGUUGGUGGAGGAAAGACAUGUCAUGAAUGUGCAUGCGAGUGGGGAUGCUUCUUACGCAGCUGGAGAGGAUGUGGAUGCUGCGGCACAGGCAGCAUCUGCUGAUGCUUCUGGCUUGAAAGGGAAGGAGGGCUCUGCCCUGACAGAGGGGGCUAAAGAGGAAAAGGGGGAGGUGGCUGGCAAAGCUGUCCUCGAACAGGAAGGAACGGCCACUGCUUCCCAUGAGUCAGAGGAGGAGCAGAGUGCAGCAACCCACGUUUCUGAAACUUGGGAACAAAAACCUCAUUUCGAGUCAUCGACUGUGAAGACAGAAACCAUCAGCUUUGGCAGCGUUUCACCAGGAGGAGUAAAGCUAGAAAUUUCUACCAAGGAAGUGCCGGUAGUUCACACAGAAACGAAAACCAUAACAUACGAAUCCUCACAGGUCGAUCCGGGUGCCGAUUUGGAGCCGGGUGUGCUGAUGAGCGCACAGACGAUCACAUCUGAAACCACCAGUACCACAACCACCACCCACAUCACCAAAACUGUGAAAGGAGGCAUUUCAGAGACGAGGAUUGAGAAGCGCAUCGUCAUCACGGGAGAUGCGGACAUUGACCACGAUCAGGCUCUGGCUCAGGCAAUUAAAGAGGCCAAAGAGCAGCACCCUGACAUGUCAGUGACCAAAGUAGUGGUCCAUAAAGAGACCGAGAUCACACCGGAAGACGGAGAGGAUUGACCCCAGGAAUAACUUAGCCUGCACAUGAAUCCAGUCAUGCAAACCAUUAGGAAAACCAGAGCCUAUAUGGAGUCCCCUCUUCUAACCCAACUGACUUGUAUCUGCCCAUGGAAAAUUUCAAUCCGGAAGAACUGACCUUGACCAUUAACAAAGACACUGGCAGAAAGAUCUUCCCAUAAUAAAGCAAUCCGAAUCAGCAUCACGAAACUGAUAUUGCAUGAAGCAACGAUAAAAUUACAAAAAGAGUAGCAUUUUUAAUUUCCACCAAGUGUCUAAGUUUUCAGCUAUACCUGCACGUUCAUAACCAACAAUAUAAACCGUGAUCUCAUGUAACACAUAAACAAUCCAUGCCUUUCAUAGUUUAUCCAAGUCUAAACAAAACUGCAGUUUCUUAGGUGACAGAUCUUUUGUUUACAGACAGACGAAGAUGACCCUAAAAUGCUAGAAGCUGUCUAGGUCCGAUGUGUCAGGUUUAUCCCAGAUUAGAUGUGCCAAUAACCGAGUUUAUUCAGUAAACAACUUGGAUCUUGUACUUGUUUCACCUGGUUUUAUUACUCCGCCCGUAAACAGCAACGACUCCCGAUCGUCUGGAAAUAUUUAAUGCUUACAAUCCUGCUUUGUGUAUCUGACUUAAUCCGUUACCAGGUAGUACUGAUUUUAGCAUAUUAAUGUGAAAUUUCUUCCUCGUUCGCUUUGGUCUGCGUCCAAUCCGGAAAGCUUCCAAGAGUUCCCUGACAAGUCCUAAAUAUAUGUGAAUUGUCAUUAUUUGGGGAAGAAAAUCUGUAUUUUUGUUAGUUUACAAUAUUAUGAAAUCUCACCCCAGAAAAACCUGUUGGGCUUCUGAUGCUUCGUUUUCUUUCUUCGUUCCUUCUUCCUUGUGUUUUUUUAAGUUGAUUUUUUUUUUCUUUUACUUGAAAAAAAGCGUUUUAUUUCCAAAUCUGGUCCAUAUUUACAAUCUAGUUCAGAGCCAAGCCUUAAAUUGUACAGAAUUUCCACUGUAAUUAAAGUAUUUAGUGUUUAGUUAUAAAUAGCCUUCAAAAAGAUAUAUUCUCCAUUACACCGUCAACUGCAUCACACAGCCCAUGGUGAAUGUAUGUUUCUGCAUAGCAAAAUAAAAAUGGUAAAUGCAUUUAAAGCUCUAA